AUGGACUACUCCUGGGACUAUGUUGCAUCCCUGUUUUGGUCCCGAUACCCAAAUCCAUUCUCGUAAGUUAUCCUUCCUUGCCCAAUCUCACCACGUCAAUUUAGAAAGCACGUUCUUCAUGAGGACACACUAGAACGUACACUCCUAGACUCCAACACGCUUUAUACAAAACGUGUCAUAAUGAAACAGGGCUUCGGUCGCAUCCCUUUUUGGCUGCGCAAGGUUUUGUCAAAUCGGCAGGAAUUGAUGGUUGAAGAGUCCAUUGUCGACAUUUCGGCUCGACGAAUUACCACAAUUACUCGGAAUGUUGGCGCACUCGCGCGCCAUGCAGUAAGUUGUUUUUGCGACCUUAGUCAAUAUUUUCAUAUUUUGACUUCUUCGCUUUCCAUGUCUACUAUUAUUAGCCAAAUUGCCAUUACGCUUGUAUUCCUAUAAACAGUUAUUUCAGAUUACUUUAGAGUAUUCCCAGAGAUGUGUAGUCUGUCUAAGUUUCAUCUCUAAGGACUUUACACAAAAUGGCAACUUCUGUGGGACCCAAUCUUCGGAAAACUAUAACGUAUUAGAACGAGGUUGCAUACAACUGCUGAGCUUCUCACAAACCUGUCUUCCGUUCCCCAUGGUGCGUCUGCUGAUUUCGAGUUGGACCUGCCAAACUGGGUUUCGUUUGUGAAGCCCCAUAGUACCUUUCCCUACAAGCUUGGCCGGUGGUUUACACACAAUAUUUUGAAAAGUUGAGCUUGAGUAGCGUCAGGUUUGAUCUUACUCACUGCAGUUGCAAAAAACCUCUUCUAGAAUUGCGACCUUUAUUUCGGACCUCAGUGAGUAAUGUGCGCCGCUGGUCAAGCCGUUUGUAGUUCUUGUUCAUUUCUCUUUAACUUUAUAGUUGGCAAACUUCUCCUUGAUAAUGCCGGUAUUUUCCGUUUUCGUGCACCGGCUAGCAGUUGGUAACCAAAGCCAAAUACAGUUACUAGCCCAUCUCAUGAAACAUUAGUCAAAAUUCUGAACCGUGUUUCUGACUAGAAAGAUUGCCUGGAUCGGCUCACAAUAUUGACUAUCAUGCAGCAUGAUCCCGAGAUCUAUUUUUCACUUCCGGAUGCCGGCUUUUGAAUACACUUUCCAGCCGCCAGCAACAACCGCGUUCGGUAAACAGCGGCUACUUAUGUAGUCUAAAUUUUUCCAUUCAUUUUCGAUGUCCUCAUAAAUCCAAGCAUAUUUUGUUGAACAUAUGCAUAAAGAUAUCCAUUCUUGUACCUGCUUGGUAGCAAAUCACGUCUUCUUCAAAUUUUAUAUUGAAAGAAGGGGUUUCUUCGGCUUUAGAGAGUUUUAAUUCCGGAAUAAUUUUGAGUCCGAUCUGCCGUUACACCUGACUUUAGAGUUUACAGCCUACAUAUUGUAUACUUUUCCUGGAACUAAAAUCUGCAUUCCUCCACGUCACUAGAAAUGCACCAUUUAGGGCUCAAAAUUUCGCAACGAAUGUGGGUUGUGUCGCAUACCUCACAAGGAACAUUAAUAAACGCAGGAAUACGAUGUUGUCCUAAUGAAUAUUUCACGGUCAUAAAGGCCUCAUAAUCACAAACCUUCUAAACCGAAGUAUACUCUUUCUUUAGGUGGGAAACUUAAGAACGUAAUUUGCUACGAAAUGAGUACAAGAAAAAAUGUUUAUUUAUGUUUCCUAUAAGUUAUACUUGAAUUUAUAAGGGCAUCGAAAAUCAAUGGAAAAAAUUCAUGCGACUCAAGUAGCCACUUUUACCGAGCAUGGUUUUGUUGGCGGCCGGAAAGAAGUGUAUUCAAAAGCCGGCAUCUUGGCUUGGCUGGAAUAUCUUGGGAUUGAGCUGCACGGUAAUCGAUAUUGCAACCCCACUUAAGUACACCUUCCUAAUCGAAGACGCAUCUCGGGAUGUCGAUUAACGUUUCAUGAGAUAGGCCAGCCACUAUAUUGGAUGACAUGGCUGUUGAAGUGUCAUGAAACUCGCAAGAAAAUCCCUGUAAUUCUGAAUCUGCCCGCCUCCCAUGUAAUUCCUUCUAGGCGUUUCAUGAGUUGCCUAGGCAAGACACCUGCCUUUAACUUUACACGCCCCAGACUCCUCGCGUUCACUAUCUGCUAUGGCCACGCUUGCCGAAAGAAGCGAAUAGGCGAGUUCCAGGAAGUAGUUCAGGUUGAGAAGAUGCUAUCGCUGGAACAAGAACUUUAUUGGCCUAGCGUUUCGAAUUCUCGAUCGAAACCAUUAUCAGAAACAGUAGCAGAUAAGGGUAGUGGAGGCACAAAAAGCGCAGUAUUUAUAGGGCGCAUUUGGCCAACAAUCACAUGCCUACAACAAUUAGCUUGCCGCCUUGAAUUGAUUCAUUCGAAAACGGGGUUCAUCUGUCAAGCUACUGGCCUUUACUGCUUUCGAGUCUAGAGCCACUAACCGGGGCUGUGUUAACGACAUCUUCAUCGUCGAAGGGUUCGUGCUCCGUGUCCCGUGCCUUACGCGUUGCUCUUUUCAGCUUAAAACUAGGAUGCCUGUAUGCAUGUGUUCGAAAUUAAGCCAAUUUGGAAUUCGCCAUUCGGGUUUAGGACAGUUUUAACGGCUCCGACUCCAAAACUUCACCGACCAUAUACUCUGGCAAUCUUUUUCUCGCACAUCACAAACGCCCUGAGCAAUUCGGGCCAGCUUCAUGCUGCCCUCACCAACGCAGCAUGGUAACCAAUGGAGACAUCAGGACGUCUUAACAGGGCUGGAGGAAGACAGUAGCGGUAUUUGGUACGGAAAGCAUAUCAGAUCUGUCGCUUGAAAUCUAUUUGUUUGGGGACUCAAUCCGCCUCCGGAUCUGCAUCAACAGUUGUUCUGAUGAAGACCAUCGAACUGUGCACGAAUCUCACUCAGUUGUGCCUGAUCCGUUCGCUGAGUCUGAGCCUAAGCGUGAGCAGGUUCUGUGCCAUGUCGAAAUGGGUGGAAAUUCACUAACACUCACUGUCGUUUAACCUCUAGCUAACUGGCCAGAAUGCAGGACCCAACCAUUUCGGUUCUUGGCUUCUGAUGCACAUUUAACGACGGCAGCCCGAGGCAGGCGCACGUUAUCUCGCCUCAGGGGUUCUUAAUGGAAUGCCCUACCCGUCGCCGAAAUCUGACUGUGCCUGCUUUCUGAUUAGACCACUACCACACCUCCUCUCCUUUAGCACUUGUGCCUUUACGGUAGGUGGGGCUAUCUUACUUAAUUUACUAUAGUCUGACAUAUUUCAUGAGGUUUCUUGGGAAUUUCGGAUGCAUGCGGGUCUCCAACAGCCGCAUGGAUUGUUUGUUCGAGGUUGUCUUCUCUAGCGCUGUGGCUUAAAAGCCUAACCACAAGGCAGCGGUGACGGUUUACGGUCGCCAUGUCACAGUGCCGUCAUCGGGCUUUGCGGCCCUCUAUAAGGCUUUCAGCGUGUCAGACCUCAGCCCUCCGCCACUAGUAGCACAGUCGCUGCUGGUCCGGGACUGCCUGUUCGUCAGACCUGGGUCUACUUAUGUUGCAGUUAACCUUCGCUGAAGGCCGUUUCACUAUCCGCCACCUGUGGGGACGUCGUGUAGCCAACAGUUAGGCCAACGGACAACCCGUCUUCUCGGUGGGCUAUCUCAUGGAAUGUUAACCAAAAUCCUUAAAUGUGUUUUCGGUUAGAAAGGAUUGCUUGGCUGGGAUUGUAAUGUUGAUUUUCACGCAACAUAAUCCUACACGCCAGGAUGCCGGCUUUUGAAUAAGCUUCUUCCCAGUCGUCUGCAUAAAAAUGACUACUUAAUUAGUAUGCCUUUUCCCUGUGAAUUUUCGAUGCCCUCAUAAAUCCCAUCAUAUUUUAUAAAAAAUAUGCAAAAAUACCUUUUAUUGUAUUCAUUCGGUAGCAGAUUACGUCUUCUUCAAAGAAAGGUGGCCUUUCGAUUUUAAGAGAAGUUUUAAAUUCAUGAAUAAUUUUGAACCUAACCUAACCUGUAGUUGCACUUGCGCCUCGAGUUUCAAAACUCCAUGCUGUAUACUGACAGUUCGCCUGUCGUGCCCAACGAUGUCCUCCGUGUGCUCCACAGCAAGUUGGAACAGGCACGGUGACCUACGCGUGAAUUAGUUUAUAGUGAGAGCAGACUUGUGCAGCAAUGCUGAUUAAACAUCGCAUUCCUCAUCACUAGGCGGCCGCUAGAAACCAGAACAAAAUGGAAUGUCUGUGCUCAAUCCUACCACACAGAUUUCAUGACAGCCUAUCACGCCUUGUGCCCAAGACGUGCGCCUGUUGACAAUGCACAGCACUUCCUAUUCGUCUUAUUGUUUGCUUCUGCCUUGUUUCCUAUCAGGUUGUGGAAGAGCGUUGUGAAUACUUCCCACUGGUUCGGCGGCCGGAAACGUCCUCUUCCCCACAAGACUGCACGCAGAUUGAGCGAUGUUUGUCAGCAAAGUCCUCCCUAGCCGCCAAGGUUCUCUACCCUUUGUGGGCCUUCCUCAAAAUGCGCUACGCCUCCUCGGCCGAGAAGUCCCUCCUCGGUUUUAACCAUGUAUGCCAAAUGCACAGCCAAAAUCCGUCAGCGGUGACGACAGUCGCCACUGUGCACCCCUCCUCACUCCGAGACACUGCUCGCAGUCAUAUUAAAGAACUGGCCCGCACAAAGCGACCGCGUGUGGUCAUUGCUGAGACGGAGCGAUCAAAUUAG